AUGACCGACACCAAGACGGCUGUUCCUCCUUCGGAAGAGGGUCCUCCGCCCACCUCACCAACACAUAUCACCGAUCAGAGUCAAGGAGUCAGCAUGGAUGCCGUCCCGCUAUGGAAACGUGUAUGGCGGCACAGUUUGACCCAGAUGAUGCUUUUGAGCGUCCAGGCGUUUUGUGGUCCAGCCAUGUCUGACGCGAUUACCGGCCUCGGUGGUGGUGGCCUUGCAACUCCUCAGGUGUCAAAUAUUUCGACCGCGAUCAGAUAUGCCACGCUGGCUGCCGUUUGCUUCUUGGGCGGCCCCAUAGUGAACAAAAUCGGCGUCAAGUGGGCCCUGGUCAUCGGCUCAAUGUCCUUCCCUAUCCAAGGGUCUGCAUACUACUGCAACAGCAAGUUUGGAAACCAGUGGGUGAGUGCGAGGAUCUUUUGA